UUUUAGUAGAAUUUUAAAAUGGAUAAUUAACUCAAAUUCCAUCACUUCUCUGUUUGCUCAUCAUAGUUGAGCGCAGACAUGCUGAGAACACUAGUUCUGAAGCGCACCGUCGCUCUCACUCGCCAACAUUCGCACUCCGUGCUCCUCCGCCGAUUUUCGGCGGCGCCGGAACCCGCCGCCUCCGCCGAUGCAGAAACCCGCAAGUACGCGGGCUACGCGGCGCUGCUCCUCUUCUGCGGUGCCGCCACCUAUUACAGCUUCCCCCUGCCGGUCGAUGCCAAGCACAAGAAGGCGCAGAUCUUUCGGUACGCGCCGUUGCCGGAGGACCUGCACACGGUGUCGAACUGGAGCGGGACGCACGAGGUGCACACUCGCAACUUCUUCCAGCCGGAGAACGUGGAGCAGCUGGAGCGCGUGGUGAGGGAGGCGAACGAGAAGAGAGCCCGAAUCCGUCCGGUCGGGUCGGGGCUGUCGCCGAACGGGAUUGGGCUUUCGAGGGUCGGAAUGGUGAACUUGGCGCUGAUGGAUGGGAUAUUGGAAGUGGACAAGCAGAGUAAGACUGUGAGGGUGCAGGCCGGGAUCAGAGUGCAGCAGCUUGUGGAUGGACUCAAGGACCACGGUCUUACCUUGCAGAAUUUUGCUUCCAUUAGGGAGCAACAAAUUGGUGGCAUCAUUCAGGUUGGUGCACAUGGCACCGGUGCAAAGUUGCCUCCUAUUGAUGAACAAGUGAUUGCCAUGAAAUUGGUCACCCCUGCCAAAGGGACUAUAGAAAUAUCGAAAGAUAAAGAUCCGGAGCUGUUUUAUCUUGCUCGAUGUGGUCUUGGAGGACUUGGAGUUGUGGCUGAAGUCACCCUUCAAUGUGUUGAUCGACAGGAGCUUGUGGAGCACACAUUUGUCUCAUCCAUGAAGGAGAUAAAGAGAAAUCACAAGAAAUUGUUGUCUGACAAUAAGCAUGUGAAGUACCUUUAUAUCCCUUACACCGACACUGUUGUGGUUGUGCGGUGCAAUCCUGUUUCAAAGUGGAAAGGUCCUCCCAAGUUUAAACCACAGUAUACUAAAGAUGAAGCCAUACAGCAUGUGCGUGACCUUUACAGGGAGUCCCUCCAGAAAUAUGGAGCAGGAGGAUCUAGGGGUGAAUCAGCAGAAGAACAAAAAAUAGAUGAACUUUCUUUCACAGAAUUAAGAGAUAAACUAAUUGCCCUGGAUCCUCUCAAUAAAAAGCACAUCAUCAGCAUUAAUCAAGCUGAGGCCGAGUUCUGGCGGAAGUCAGAAGGUUACAGGGUUGGAUGGAGUGAUGAAAUAUUGGGCUUUGAUUGUGGAGGCCAACAGUGGGUAUCGGAGACAUGUUUCCCAGCUGGAAAACUAGCUAAUCCAAGCAUGAAAGACCUUGAAUACAUUGAAGAGCUGAAGCAACUUAUAGAGAAUGAAGAGAUACCUGCACCUGCUCCAAUUGAGCAACGUUGGACAGCGAGCAGUAGGAGUCCCUUGAGUCCUGCUUCAAGCCCAUCUGAGGAUGAUAUAUUUUCUUGGGUGGGUAUAAUCAUGUACCUCCCUACCAUGGAUGCUCGGCAGAGGAAGGAUAUAACAGAAGAAUUCUUUCAUUACAGGCAUCUGACUCAGGCGACAUUAUGGGAUCGUUACUCUGCAUUUGAACACUGGGCUAAGAUUGAGGUUCCAAAGGAUAAGGAGGAACUUGCAGCUCUCCAAGCAAGGCUAAGAAAGAGGUUUCCUGUGGAUUCAUACAAUAAAGCAAGAAAGGACCUGGACCCCAAUAGGAUCCUUUCAAAUAACAUGUUGGAAAAGCUCUUCGCGCAAUCAAACACCAUAUAAAUUCUGGAUGCAUUGGACUCGGAAGCUUAAAGAAUUGUGAUGUAUGUACAUAUAGAGGUGCUGAAAGAGGAAGCAUAGAGAAAGGGUAAUGGGGGGAAAUGGAGGAGAAAAUAUUUUGAUAUAGUUGUAUGAAUUGCUGCCUGAUAAGCGUCAAUCAUGACCAUCAUACUUCAUUUUUUUGCGUUCAAUUGUUAUUCCACAACUUGUUUGAGAUUUCUAAAAACAUUUUUCUUGUCAUGAUAAACAUCGGAUGCAAGACCUUUCGAAAGAAAUAAUGGGGAUUACUCCAAUUGGUAUCUA